AUGAUCGUGAUCCCACUGUGCGAACAACGAAGGACGUCAUAUGGGCAAGACCAACAAAUUCUAGAUGAAUCUCUCGCAAAACCAAAUUUGUUUGUAACAUAUCAAAUAAUGAUGAAAGCGACCGGUGUUUUCGCAACUUUUCUUCUAUUGUUGGUCAUCUGCGAGGCGAACAAGGGAAAAGAAACAGUUGUCGAUGAUGAGCAACACGAUUUGGAACAAGUACUCAGUGAAAUUGAAGUGGACGGUCCAGAAAUGGAGACACAAUGCAUAGAAGGAGAUGACGGGCACACGAUCACUCUACAAUCUGCAGAUCCCGAUUUUGCCAAGACAACUGUGGCCAAAGUAUUGGAUGGUCGCGGCCUACUAGCGGAAAAGAAGGCCUAUGGUAAAUGCUCAACUUGCGUCUGA